CUUAAAACUGAAAAAUAGGCCUUUAUGUUUAUUAAUUAUUUUUAGCAUUAAACAUACAAAAGUAAUCCUAAGUAACAAUUCAAGAAGCAAAUGAUGUUAUUGGCUCUUAAGAAGUUUAUACUGUGCACUGAUCUUAAAGAAUAUCUAUUUACUUGAUU